AUGGGUGACUACGUAACGCCGGCGGCCAUGCCGCAGCCAAAGUUGAAACGUACCAACACUGGCUUUACACAAAAUCAGAUUAUCGCUUUUGACGCUCAGAUCCCAGAGUCUGCUAAGGAGAUCUGGCGUAAGUACCUGAAGCUUCACUCCAUUGACUCCUCGAGAAAGCUUGGUGCAGAGGAGGAAAAGACCACCGUUAUUGGCAAUGACGAGUUUGAACGUUCUUUUGUCAGUAAGGUCGAGUUCAAUUUGGCCAGAAACAUGUACAAUUGUGAUGCAAUGGCUGCCUACCACGCCGCUCUGGCUUCCAUCAGAGACAAUUUGCUUGUGGAUUGGGCUAACACUCAACAAAAGCAGACCAUUCACGAUGGAAAGAGAGUCUACUAUUUGUCGCUUGAGUUCCUUAUGGGUAGAGCCAUGGAUAACGCCUUGAUCAACUUGAAGAGCCGUGGUGUGGUCAAACUGGCUCUCCAGGGUUUGGGUUUCAACCUUGAGGAUGUCCUUGAAGAGGAACCAGAUGCUGGUCUUGGCAACGGUGGUUUGGGUCGUUUGGCUGCUUGUUUUGUCGACUCCCUUUCUUCCAGAAACUACUCAGGCUGGGGCUACGGUUUGAACUACCAGUACGGUAUCUUCAGACAAAGAAUUAUUGAUGGAUACCAGGUUGAGACUCCUGACUACUGGUUGAAGGAUACCAACCCUUGGGAGAUUGACAGACACGAGAUUCAAAUUCCGAUCAACUUUUAUGGUGAUGUGGAGGAUGUCUAUGACGAGACUACAGGUCAAACCAGAAAGGUAUGGACUGGUUCCGAGAGAGUUUUGGCCAUAGCCUCUGAUUUCCCGGUGCCUGGUUACAACACCACCAACACCAAUAACUUGCGUUUAUGGAACUCGAAACCUACAAACGAAUUCGACUUCAACAAAUUUAACGCUGGUGACUACCAACAAUCCGUGGCCGCUCAGCAGGAUGCCGAGUCUAUCACUGCUGUCUUAUACCCUAACGACAAUUUUGACAAGGGUAAGGAAUUGCGUUUGAAGCAGCAGUACUUCUGGGUUGCAGCCUCGUUACACGAUAUCGUGAGAAGAUACAAGAAGAACCACAAGAGCGACUUUUCCAAGUUCAGUGAUCAGGUUGCCAUUCAAUUGAAUGACACACAUCCAACUUUGGCUAUUGUUGAGUUGCAGAGAAUCUUAGUGGAUAUCGAGGGCUUAGCUUGGGAUGAUGCUUGGUCAAUUGUCACCAAAACUUUCGCCUACACUAACCACACUGUCAUGUCUGAGGCUUUGGAGAAGUGGCCUGUGUAUGUUUUGGGCAAUUUGUUGCCUCGUCACUUGCAAAUUAUUUACGACAUCAACUACUACUUCUUGAAGAGUGUUGAGUCUCGUUUCCCAGAUGACAGAGGCUUGCUUGGCCGUGUUUCCGUUAUUGAAGAAGGCGACCCUAAGUCCGUGAGAAUGGCCUACUUGGCAAUCAUUGGUUCCCACAAGGUCAACGGUGUUGCUGAGUUACACUCUGAAUUGAUCAAGACCACAAUCUUCAAGGACUUUGUUAAGAUCUUCGGUCCUGAUAAGUUCAUCAAUGUUACUAACGGUAUCACACCAAGAAGAUGGUUGCGUCAAGCCAAUCCAGAAUUGUCAGCUUUGAUCUCUGAAGUGCUUAAUGACAAGGACUACGAGUUCUUGACUCACUUGGGCCGCUUGAAGCAGCUUGAGCAGUUCGUGGAUGACGAGAAGUUCUUGAAACGUUGGGAUGCUAUCAAGUUCAAUAACAAGAGAAAGCUUGCAGCCCUCGUUAAGGCAGAGACAGAUGUCGACUUGGACCCAACUGUUAUGUUUGAUGUACAGGUGAAGAGAAUUCAUGAGUACAAGAGACAGCAAAUGAACAUUUUCGCUGCUAUCUACAGAUACUUGAGAAUUAAGGAAUUGCAGAAGGAGGGUGUCUCUAUUGAUGACAUUAAGUUGAAGCAUUUUAUCUCCAAGGCUACAAUUAUUGGUGGUAAGGCUGCUCCAGGUUACUACAUGGCUAAAACAAUUAUCCAUUUGGUUAACACUGUUGGAGAAGUUGUCAACAAUGAUACUGAGAUUGACAACUUGUUGAAGGUUGUCUUCAUUCCAGACUACAAUGUUUCCAAGGCUGAGAUCAUUUGCCCUGGUUCUGACUUGUCUAACCAUAUCUCCACUGCCGGUACCGAGGCCCUGGGUACUUCCAACAUGAAGUUCUCACUUAACGGUGGUCUUAUUAUUGGUACUGUGGAUGGUGCUAAUGUUGAAAUUACCAGAGAAAUUGGCGAGGACAACAUCUUCUUGUUCGGUAACUUGGCAGAGUCCGUUGAAGAAAUCAGACACAAACAUCUCUUUGAGGGCGUCAAGGUUCCAGAGAAGUUGCAGAAGGUGUUUGAUGCCAUUAACCUGGGAAUGUUCGGUGAUCCAGCCGAGUUCAGACCUUUGAUUGACUCCAUCACCCAACAUGGUGACUACUACUUGGUCACUGACGAUUUCGAGUUGUACUUAGAGUGUCAGGAUAGAUUAGAACAGGUCUACGGACACCACGGUGGUGACCUGGAAGAUAGAGAUCACUUACAGAGAUGGGUCAAAAAGUCUGUCUUGUCGGUUGCCAACAUGGGAUUCUUCUCCUCCGAUAGAUGUGUCGAUGAAUACGCCGAGAACAUCUGGAAUGUUGAGCCCCUCAACCAGUGA